GCAAGGAAAAAACCUGCAGAGGGCGGAGCGGCGCCUUUAAAUGUCCGAGGCCCCGCCUCUCGCCCCCCCCCCCCUUCCGCUGAAUAGGCUGCGUUCUUUUGGAACGCACCGCAGAACGGGGUUCUGGUGACUGUGGCUGCGUUCGCUCCUCAGUCCUUUCGUUUACCCACCGCCGUCCCCGGCAGAUCCACCCCUCCUGUGCCAGGAACGCGCUGCCACUGGCACCAUGCCCUACCCAUACCCAGCACUGACCCCGGAGCAGAAGAAGGAGCUGGCUGACAUCGCUCAUAGAAUUGUGGCUCCGGGCAAGGGCAUCCUGGCUGCAGAUGAGUCCACCGGAAGCAUUGCCAAGCGGCUGCAGUCCAUUGGCACUGAGAACACCGAAGAGAACAGGCGCUUCUACCGCCAGCUGCUGCUGACUGCUGAUGACCGUGUGAACCCCUGCAUUGGGGGGGUGAUCCUCUUCCACGAAACACUCUACCAGAAGGCCGAUGAUGGACGUCCCUUCCCCCAAGUGAUCAAGUCCAAGGGCGGUGUUGUGGGCAUUAAGGUAGAUAAAGGCGUGGUGCCUCUGGCAGGAACCAAUGGCGAGACUACCACCCAAGGGCUGGAUGGGCUGUCUGAACGCUGUGCCCAAUAUAAGAAGGAUGGAGCUGACUUUGCUAAAUGGCGUUGUGUGCUAAAGAUUGGGGAACAUACUCCCUCAGCCCUUGCCAUCAUGGAAAAUGCCAAUGUUCUGGCCCGUUAUGCCAGCAUCUGCCAGCAGAAUGGCAUCGUGCCCAUUGUGGAGCCGGAAAUCCUCCCUGAUGGGGACCAUGACUUAAAGCGCUGUCAGUAUGUGACUGAGAAGGUACUGGCUGCUGUCUACAAGGCUCUGAGUGACCACCAUGUCUAUCUGGAAGGCACAUUGCUGAAGCCCAACAUGGUCACCCCAGGCCAUGCCUGUACCCAGAAAUUUUCCAAUGAGGAGAUUGCCAUGGCAACUGUCACAGCGCUCCGUCGCACAGUGCCCCCUGCUGUCCCUGGGGUCACUUUCCUGUCUGGAGGGCAGAGUGAGGAAGAGGCGUCCAUCAACCUCAAUGCUAUCAACAAGUGCCCACUGCUGAAGCCAUGGGCCUUGACUUUCUCUUAUGGCCGAGCCCUGCAGGCCUCUGCUCUGAAGGCCUGGGGUGGGAAAAAGGAGAACCUGAAGGCUGCCCAGGAGGAGUACAUCAAGCGAGCCCUGGCCAACAGCCUCGCUUGUCAAGGAAAGUAUACCCCAAGUGGUCAGUCUGGAGCCGCAGCCAGUGAAUCUCUCUUCAUCUCUAACCAUGCCUACUAAGCAGAGGUGACCUAAGGCUGCCCCGUGGACACUCCAGCCCCCCGCCUACCCACUUGCUAUUGAAGAGGGGGCUUCCAGCGCUUUCCAUCAUCACUCUUAUGCUGCCCUCGUGACUGGUGUGUGGUGUUGUCUGUGAACGCUAAUUCUGCCAUCCCUUCCAGCCCACUGCCAAUAAACAACUAUUUAAGGGGGA